UCUUGGUUUCAAGGAUUUUUAAAACGUCACCCUAAAAUUAAAGAGAGAUAUCCUGAAGCUGUCAGCAAAGCUCGGGCAGCAGUAACACAAGACCGAAUUGAAGCAUGGUUUGAUGAAAUUCAACUUUUUUUAGAGGAAGAUAGAUAUGAUGAAAUAUUAUUAGAUCCAACUCGGGUAUUCAAUGCAGAUGAGGCAGGAUUUUGCCUAUGUCUGAAGAGUGAAAAAGUUCUAGGCCCUGUAGGCUACAAAGAAGAUUUUUAUAUUAGGGUAUCAUCGGAAAAAGAGCAGAUAACCGUAAUGGCCACUUUUUCAGCAGAUGGCAAGCAUGUUCCUCCAAUGUUGAUCUUUCCUUACAAGAGAAUCCCAGAAGCUAUAGCUAAAUCAGUGCCAGAAAAUUGGGGUCUUGGUAGAUCUGAUUCAGGGUGGAUGACAUCCCAAGUAUUUUAUGAAUACAUUUCGAACCAUUUCCUGCCAUAUUUAAAAUCCAACAAUAUCCAAAGGCCAGUAAUUUUAUUCGUCGAUGGGCAUCGAUCACAUUCAACAAAACAUGUUAGCCAGCUAUGCGAUGAUAAUGGAAUUAUUUUGGUAUCACUUUUUCCCAACACUACCCAUAUUAUGCAACCAGCUGACGUAUCUGUUUUUAAACCUCUUAAAGCUGGUUGGUCAGCAGAAGUGAGAAACUGGAAAUUUCAAAACUUUCCAAAAGAUGUGACACGUUCUACUUUUGGUACUAUUUUAGAAUCUGUUUUUAGUAAAUAUGCUUCUGAGGAAACAAUUAAAAAUGGAUUUAGAAGAAGUGGGUUGUAUCCCUUUAAUAAAAAUAAUGUUGAUUACACAAAAUGCAUACCAAACAGAAUAGUUGCUGCACAGAUUUCUGAUAAAGAAACACCUAAAAAUGCCUUAGAUGUACUAGAAAAUAAAAUUGAAAAAAAAUACCUUACAGAAUUUAUACAAACAUAUUCAAAAAGAGAAACCUGGUCUGGAGACAUAUCUUAUUCAAAGCUUUAUAGUGUCUGGGCCGAAAUUAAAAUGGAUUAUGAAAAUGAAAAUCCUCAACAGAAAGAAAUACACCCCAAAAAUAUAAGUAUUACGUCACCAGUCGCUGGACCAUCGAGACGUCAAUGGGAAACACCUCCCCAAAAAUUGGAAUAUGAAAAUCCUCAACAGAAAGAAAUACACCCCAAAAAUAUAGGUAUUACAUCACCAGUCGCUGGACCAUCGAGACGUCAAUGGGAAACACCUCCCCAAAAAAACAUUCGCUACUAUGAAGAAAAAGAAUCAGAAGGGUUUAAAAUUCCAACUCCAUUUAAAAAAUGUUUAGUAUUUCCUCAAACGCCUGAUGGAACUUUAAAAACACCAAAACACAAAAGAAAAAUAUUUCCUGCAGUAGUUUCAAGUGCGAAAUAUCGAGAAUUUUACGAGAAUGAAGUAAAGAAGAAGAAUGGUCCGAAAAUAACAAAAAGAAAACAACAAAAAACAAAUACAGUCAACGAAGAAAGCAGCUCUAAUUCAGAUAUGGACGUUACUUAUCUCGACGAAGAUCUUGAUCUUAGUGAAAAUGAAAACAUCAUACUAAAGACAAAUCAACAUGUUAUUGUCAAGUACAUGGAUACACAUUAUCCAGGAAUAGUUCUGAAACAUGAUGAAUUCGGGGCAGAUAUCCGAACUAUGGUUAGUGCUGGCAUAAAUUCCUGGAAAUGGCCAGUUAAAGAAGACGUAUUAUAUUACUUUAUUGAAGACAUAGUUUGUAAUAUAAAAGAACCUGAAGUAAAGAACAAUAGGGGUCAUUUUAGUGUGCCUGAAAUGGCAAAAUAUAAUGGUGUCCAUUACUAAGUCCAUAAUAUGUCCAUUACCCAUGUUUUGUGACCAUUACUAGCUCAUGUGCUACCUUUUUUUAAAUAAGAGAUUUUCUAAAA